AUGGCGUAUUGUUCACGCGCUCUAUCCGUAAUCCAGAAGCGUAAGAUCGUGGUUUCUGAGUGGAUUAAAUCAGGGAAUGAUGUUACGCCCCACGCAAUGAAACUUUUCAAUACUGAGAAGCUGCUGGUGGCUCGGCAAACCGUCGUCGUAGGCGAUGAACCGAUCUUUUACGUGUUCGAUGCAUUUGACUCGCGCAGCAAUACCAGCAAGAACGCACAUGUAUACGAAGUAAACAUGUAUACUGGUGUGUGUACCCGAUGCACAGUUUCAGAGCAGUUGAGAAUUCCGUGUCGGCAUAUUCAGGCUGUAAUUUACGAUAGAUUCAAUAAUAAGGAUGCGGGCGUCGCUCAGUAUGAUGUGCGGAAAUAUUUCCACUCUGCGUACUUGGUACGGCAUUUGCAAGAUGCUGUCGAAUCACUGUCUAUCCAGCUGCCCCUGGAAGCCGAAUUACUAGAUUCGAAUGACGUCAAGCCACCUCCAAUGUACCGGCAAGCCGGACGCUCUUCAACGCGAAUGCCAGUGAAGGAUACGCGUGAUAUUGUAAGAGGAAGCAAAAGAAAACAAAAUCGUGGUGAGGACGCCUCAAGAUCCCGGUAUUGUGGUGGAGAGGGGUUGGACAUUGCAGUGGAGGAUUUAUCUGAUGAAGAGUCAAAGCGCGUCUCUGCGUUUUUUGACACCCAGCUUUCCGCAGCAUCCGUAGUGAAACGAGAUAAGUACCGUUGCAGUAAGUGUGGCAAGAAUGGCCACAAUAAGCGGAGAUGCAAUGCGACGACAGCGGAUAUUGAAGAAGAAGGAGGAAUACAACCGGGUGAGUAUGUAGUUGGAGGGUGCCCGUUCGUCGCCUCCGGAAAGCUCACCGCAUACACCAACGAGGUGAAAAGAUACCAAUAAGAUUGCUGCAUACAUAUGACCCAGCAAAAUAAAAUCACGAUUUGAGUUUCCA